AAGAAAGGAGGAGGGAGCAAGAAAGAGGGGGAGUGAGUGGUAGCGAAGAGAGUGGGAGAAAACAAGGUAAAGGAGAAGGAAAAAGAGGGAGAAAGCAAAAUAGUGCGUUUCUGUAGGAGGAUGACAGUGUUCACUUCCUGGUCGAUGGGAUGAAGUGAACACACAGUACGGAGAGACGAAUACGGGCUGAGAGGACAAAGAUACAUAAACACCAAAGGAAACAUUGCGCCUGUGUGUCCCACUUCACCAGCUCUAGCCAUCCUCUACAGGAAAGAGUCAGACCCAGGAAAGCAGCACAGCACUCAGUAAUGGAGAUGGAAACAUUGACAAUACUGCCCUUGGGUCAAGAGUAUAACACCCACUCCAAGUACCUCUUCAACAGCAUACGUUAAAGCUGCCAGGACAUCUAUUCUGCCCUCACCUAUGCCCAGAGACCAUGGGAAGUGUCAGCAGCUUCAUCUCAGGUCCCAGUCUCCACAGCAAGCACUGUCAGGCCACGGAGUACAAACUAAAGAAGGCAGGCCAUCCCCGGAAAACAGGCCGGAGCCUGGAUGGCCUACUGAAGCACAGCUUUGCUCAGGGGUCUUCCAACCACACCACUAAAGGCAUCUCUCAGGCAGGCAGGAGUGAGGACUUAUUUUACUUAAAGGUGAGCCAGAAGUCGCGGAUGACUCACCACAGAGGCGUCCCAACAGAAGACCGUGUAGGAGAGGGACAUUCUACUGAUAUGGAACCAGACAGUAGAGUGACACCUAAACUGCUGCCUAUGUCUGGGAAACUGGAGAAGAAUAUGGACAAGGCUUUGAUCCGGCCCACAGCCUUCAAGCCAGUCAUCCCCAAGAGCACCUCUUCCACAGAGAUUCACAACAACCUCACCCAUCUCCUUAGUCCCCCAGAGAGGACCAGAGACUCCCUCUCAGACUCUGGGCAGGAUUCAAUGUCCAGCCUGCCUACUCACAGCACCAGUGGGAGCCACAGUGCUUCCACAGGCCCAUUGACUCAGUGUGCAGGAGGCUCAGCCCAUGCCAUGACCCAUCCCCAGCAGCCCCCCCUCUCUACAUGGUCCAACGGGAAUGGCAUAAGUGCCAGUGCCAGGGUCACAGCUCUAAGCAAUGGAGGGGCAGCGAAGGCUAACAGGGACACCGUCUCCCUCCCCUCACCUCAGCAGCCUAGCCCUCUCUUGGAGGAGAUGGGGGGCUGUAAUCGCUCACCCAUCUCCACAGAUGAGUCCAUAAUUGAGCUGCUGGAGCAGAGGCUGCUGGAAAGUGAGACAGAGCUGCAGGAGCUACAGGUGAGCUUUGAGGAGAAAGAGGUGGACACGUGCCAGCUGUUUGAGGAGAAGCAGAGGUAUUGUGUUGAGGAGAUGGAGGGCCUGAAGCAGAGGUGCUCCACCAAGCUCAGGCAGGUCUCCCAGAGGGCCGUGAAGAACCACCAGGCCUUGCAGCUGAAGGUCAGCCAGCUGCAGCAGGACAACCAGAGGCUCCAGGACGAGCUGGUCCAGAUGACCCAGGAGAAGGACCUGAUAGAGGUCAAACUGAUGUCGUUUGAGAUGGAGAAGAACCAACUAGACCCCACCUUAGAGGAGACCCAGUGGGAGGUCUGCCAAAAGGCUGGGGAGAUCUCGCUGCUGAAGCAGCAACUCAGGGACUCCCAGGCUUGUGUCACUCACAGGCUGAAGGACAUCAUCAGCCUCAAGGCCUCGCUGAAGGAGGCCCGGUCCAAAAUGGAGGCACUGGAAAAGCAGAACAAAUUGCAAGAGGAAAAGAUACGCUCUCGCAGUGUGGAUGUCGAGGUAUGCCAAAAUGAGCUCCAGCGCAAGAAGAACGAGGCUGAUCUACUAAGAGCAAAGGUGGACAAACUGGAGACAGACAUCAAUGAAAUGAAAAAGGACCUGGCCCUGGCAAAAGAACAGAGGCAGCAGCAAAAGGCCAAACUGGAGGCCCAGGCCCAGGAGAGGUCAGACCAGGCCCAGGAGAGGUCAGACCAGGCCCAGGAGAGGUCAGACCAGAGUGGGGGCACUGGAGGGAGCAUGAGCACUGACUCCCUCCAGAGAGAGGUGAGGAAACUGAAAGUGGAGCUCAGGGAAGAGAGAGAGACUCAGGAGAGGCUGUCGAACAGCUUUGAGCAUGAGAGACAGACGUGGAACAGGGAGAAGGACAGAGUCAUCAAGUACCAGAAGCAGCUUCAGCUCAACUAUCUGCAGAUGCACAAGAAGAACCAAGACCUGAAGAGGAUCCUGCAGGAGCUCACAGCAGAGCUGGAGAGUCGACCGGAGUUUGACAUGGACAUCCACAGCUCAGGGUUACACUAUGAGGAUGUUAUCGCCACAGAAAUGUGAGGGAGAAACCCACAGAGAAUAGUAAUAACGAUGCUCAAAUGUUCUAACAGGGUUAUUAAACAGUCAUAUGAAACACAUAAUUUGUUAUAUCUGGCCAAAACACAGAUGAGCUAUUGCUGCCUUUUAGUGUUGCAUUUUAGUGAUAAUCAAGUUGGCUAACAUACUGCUGCAGGAUAUGAUAGAAUUGCGGACAGGUUUGGAUAUUUUUUGAUAAAAAUCCUUAAUUCUCUGUGACUGUGUAAAGCAGGCUUUAAAGGGCACACAGUUCAAACAAUAACAAAUAACAAAACAGCUGAUGGGAUGGGGCUUGAGAACUAAAACUACACUAAAAUUCAUAGACAGAGCUAUGGAUGCAAUGACUGAUCAUCCAUGAGAUCAAAAUUAUAGAUUUAACUGUGUUUUGAAGCUAUACAGUGUUUGUUUACAUUGGCUUUGUAUACAAACAUUUUAGGUUCUGAUGAGGUAAGAGAGUUGAACUAAGCUCUUUAAGCAUUUAUGAGUUAUAUUAUUUAACAUACAAUGGCUAUAUCAUGAAUUUAGUCCAAAUGUUGAUGUAGCAACUCCAGAUGGCCCUUUAAGUUUGUUAUUUUUUUUACAUUUUAGUCAUUUAGCAGAUGCUCUUAUCCAGAGCGACUUACAGUAGUGAAUGCAUCCAUUUCAUCCAAUGCAUUUUUUUUUGUCCCCCGUGGGAAUCGAACCCACAACCCUGGCUUUGCACACACCAUGCUGGCGUUGCAAACACCAUGCUCUACCAACUGAGCCACAGGGAAGGCUUAUGUUAUCUAUAAGUGUGGUUUCCCGGAAACAGAUUUUAAAAUAUUUUUAGAUGAACAUUCUCCAUUGAGCCUGCUUUUUAGUCCAGGACUAGGCUUAAUGUGUCCAGGAAACCACCCCAUAAUGAAACCACCUCAUAAUGUUCAAUUGACAGUAGCCUAGAAAGCCUAUGAAAUGGUUAUUCCUCUUGAGAAGUUUCCCAGCAUUGUAGUGAAUUGGGGCAUUCUUUCUGCAUGUGUCAAGUCCUACAUAAGAUGUUGUAAGUCUCCACAACAACCACUGAGACACAGCAAUAUGAUGUGAUGUGUUUUUAUUUAACCUUUUUGAUCACAAUCACCACUGUGGCCAGAGAUAUUGCAGAGAGAAUGAGGCAAGAGGCUGCCCUCGUCAGCACCAACACAGAUACUGUCAUCUGCACAAGUGUAUGGGAGUUCACAUAUCUCUCCUGCAACAUAAUACAGUAGCUGCAUGGCAACAAAUGCGGAGGCGUGCAGCCUCUCGCUUCACAAAGUCUUUGUUUUUGUUGGCAGUCACCUGCUCUUUAUGUUAAGCAUAAACUGUAGCCACGUCUUCCUUUACGUGUCAAAGCACUGGAUGUACUGUAUAUUUUGUGAAUUAUCAUCCAUAUUAUUUAUUGAUAUAAAGGACACAAAAGUUGUAGUGAUUAGUGUUGAAAGGAACUACUUAAACUGAGAUGAUAAAGAGUGUAUAUUGAUGCACUUCCAUUUUAAGAGGGGAUAGAACAUGAUUGUCAAAGUGCAUCCCACACUACACUGAAAAUGUCUCACUGGUAAUGAUAUCUCAAAGAUGUAAAACUUCGCUUUGGAGCUGAUCACUUGAAAACAAAUACCAUCUGAGAAUGUCUAACGUGUACUGUAUCUAUUGGUAUAUUUAUGAUACAUACACAGAGACAUGUUUUUAAAAUCUGACAAUAAAUGAUGUAUACGUACACUACAAA